AUGGCUGAGCUGAUUGAUGCUGAUUCUUUAACAUGGAAGACUAACUUAGUAGAAGGUGUUUUUAACUCUAAUGAGGCACUACUAAUCUGUAGUAUUCCACUCAAUUUGAGGAAUAACAGUGACCAAAUGAUAUGGGUGAGCAAUGCAAAGGGUGUUUUCUCUGUGAAGAGUGCUUAUUUCUUGGAUUGCCUUAUCAAACAACAGUCUGUUGGUGAAGCUUCGAAUGGAGUGGCUGUGUUACUGAAAAGACAGAUUGUGGAAGAUGGCUUGUGUCCUAUCUGUCAAAGCAAUGAGGAGAAUGUUAUUCAUGUUCUAUGGAAUUGUUCUGCUGCUAUGGAUGUUUGGGGGGAGAGAGAGAGUCCUCUAAACAAAUGGAGCUCUGUUUAUAAGGAUUUCAGAUUGUUAUGGUUGGACAUGGUUAACAGGUUGGAUGUUGUGCAGCUAGAUCAAGCGGCUGUUAUUCUUUACAAGAUCUGGGCUAGAAGGAAUUGUUUUGUCUUUAAAAACAUUUUUCAUAGUCCACUUGCUUUAGUUAAAUCAGCUUUGAAUGAAGUAGAAGUUUUUCAUGAAUCUCAGGUGAGAUUAACUUAUGUUGCAGACAGACUACUUCCACAGAUCAAUGCAGUAGAAUGGAGGCCACCAGCAGAUCCUUUUUAUAAGUUAAACUUUGAUGCUGCCUUUGAUUCUGAGAAGAGGUUGAUGGAAUGCUAUGCACUUUUAAGAAGCAUCAAGUUGUGCCACGAGUUAUGCUUAUACCAGGUAGUGCUUGAGGGUGAUGCAAAGGCAGUAGUAGAUAGUGUCAAUGGAUAUAACAACAACCAUUCCUGGCAAGGGCUGUUGAUUGAAGAUAUACAAUUCUUUAUGAAGGGACAAGCAGAUUGGAGCUUAAAGUUUACUAAGAGACAUGGAAAUAAAGCUGCUCAUAUUGUAGCAAAGCUAGGCAUGUAUCUAGAUAGUGAAUCAGUAUGGAUAGAGGAGGGCCCUCAGGAAGUUUUGUCAAUCACUUUGCUUGAGAAGCCAUGUACUGUUUGA